AUGGACAGGUCUAGGGCGAUCAAUGCUAGUGCCCGUAGUGGUCUUAGCUGCCAAGGACAAGGUCUGAAAGGACUCCAGGUUGGGGCCGACGAUGUCAUGUUUGUCGGGGAAACCAGAGUUUUGGUUGACCGCGGGUCCCACCUGCCAGACUUGGUUCACGGACUCCUCGUUUUUGGGAACCUUAACCGCGGCGAAGAUCUUGAACGUUCCGUUGGAGAACUCGGAGCUGAUGUCCCAGAUGUCAAACGAGAGUUUUCCCCGUACCAAGGAGGUGUAUGA